AGCUGCUCCAGAUCUCCCCCGCUCCCCUUCCACAGAGGUGUCAUGGCCUCCUCCAGCUUCUCCCCUGUGACCCACUGCCUUCUUCUCCUCGCUGCUACUGUGGGCUCCUCAUCUGGAGAUGAAUCAUACUUCCUGAUGGUUUCCUCAGACGGCCCCAUAACGUCCGGGGCACAGGCGACAGUAAACGCCAGCUUGCUGAUAGCGAAUGAAAGCACGAGUCUCAUAGCGGACCCAGGACGCUACCAUUUCCAUUGGAUCUACACCCCUCUGCUCCUCACCCACCACUCACAGAAAGAGUCCAGCUCUGCCAUUACUGUGCGGGGCGAAUCUCCGGGGUCCUACCUUAUAUCGGCCCGGGUGACAGAAAGACACUGCUCUGCAUGUGAACCCAUCGCAAGGAACACCACAGAGCUCCAGGUUACAAGAGGAAUUGUGGGGCGUCUCGCGGUGUCACAGGCGGACAGAAACGGCACACACUGGAGAGACGGCUUCUUCUUGGCUACGAACAGCAAUGUGACAUUAUCUUUCCUCAUUCACGACCCAAGUGACUUCUUUAAGUCGGCUGCGUUCACCUACAGAUGGACCUUCGAUGACAGGAAUUCAGUUUUGUCAUCAGAUCCUUUUGUUCAUCACAACUACCCAUCACCAGGAGACUAUAAAGUGUCCCUUCACGUCACUGCUCAUCUCCAUGAUGCCAAAUACCAAAGACAUUCUGAUAAAAAAUCCGGAAUCUUCACAGCUGUCCUGACACUACAAGAUGUUAUAAGUAGUAUCACCAUCGCCGGCCCUAAAGAGACCACCACCAGGCAACGAGUCAACAUGUCUCUGCAUAUCUGUGGAAGCCCCCCUUUGACAGUCUGCUGGCUAAUCAAGUCUGACUGUGUCUCUUUGGAAGGAGAAGAGUGCCACCCAGUGGUGAUAAAUGGCACUACCAGCAUUAUAAGAUUUCAGUUCAGAUCUGCCGGACAUUAUUGCUUGAGUGUAAAAGCCCAGAAUAAAGUCAGCAGGUUGUCAGGACAUCAGAGUAUCACCGUCACCUCUCCAGGCGCGCACCCAGUCUGGUUUGUGCUCCCAUGCUGUGCGUUCAUUGCCAUCGCUAUUGGUUUCAUCUUCUAUACUUUAUUCCGAGCCGGCAGUCACAGCCCCUAUCAGAAGUCAUUGGUGGAGUUCCCUAAAGUUCCCAGUCCCUCAACCCAAAUUGCUUUAGAAGCUAAAUUGACCAGGUUGGUCCGAGCUCACCAACAAGCCCCUUCACUUUACCUUCUAAAAGCGAUCAAAGGUGUUAAACUACAGCUAAAUAUGCUACUCUCCAACAAUACAGAAAAAGCCCUCCGCUGGACAGCUUCCUACUACUAUAGAUAUGCCAACAAACCAGACAAGAUGCUAGCCCGCCAACUUAAAGCUAGACAGAAAAUCAAUCAGCACGCUGCCUUAAUAGGCUGCUCCCUGACCUCAUACAUAAAGACCAAGCGGGCUUCAUUCCCGGUAGAGAAGCCCCAGAUAACAUCCGAAAAAUCCUGA